AUGCCGUCGGCGGCCGCGGGCCCGGCGGCGGUGGCUCCUCCGACAGCGAAGCCCUCCGCCCCCGCCGCCCUCCCGUUCGCCGGGAUCUCACCGGACCUCUACCCGACGGAGGACGACCUGCCGUACGAGGAGGAGAUCCUGCGGGAGCCGUUCAAGCUCAAGGGGUGGUGGCGCUACCUGGUGGCCCGCGCCGCCGCGCCCUUCCCCAAGCGCGCCGUCAUCUACGAGCGCGCGCUCAAGGCGCUGCCGGGCAGCUACAAGCUCUGGCACGCCUACCUCCGCGAGCGCCUCGACCACGCGCGCCCGCACCCGAUCUCCCACCCGGCCUACUCCUCCCUCAACAACACCUUCGAGCGCGCGCUCGCCACCAUGCACAAGAUGCCGCGCGUCUGGGCGCUCUACCUGGCCUCGCUGCUCGACCAGCGCCUGCUCACGCGCGGCCGCCGCGCCUUCGACCGCGCGCUCCGCGCGCUCCCCGUCACGCAGCACGACCGCAUCUGGCCGCUCUACCUGCGCCUCGCGUCCCUCCACGCCUGCCCCGUCGAGACCUCCUUCCGCGUCUUCCGCCGCUACCUCCAGUUCGACCCCUCCCACGCCGAGGACUUCAUCGAGUUCCUCGUCUCAUCCAACCGCUGGCAGGAGGCCGCCGACCGGCUGGCCUCCGUGCUCAACGACGACGGCUUCCGCUCCGUCAAGGGGAAGACCAGGCACCAGCUCUGGCUCGAGCUCUGCGACAUCCUCACCAAGCACGCCGAUGAGGUGGCCGGGCUCAAGGUGGACGCCAUACUGCGGGGCGGGAUCCGCAAGUUCACCGACGAGGUCGGCAAGCUGUGGACCUCGCUCGCCGAUUACUAUGUCAGGAGGACCCUCUAUGAGAAGGCGAGAGACGUCUUCGAGGAAGGGGUUGCUUCGGUGAUGACGGUGCAGGAGUUCAGUGUGGUGUUUGAGGCGUAUACGCAGUUUGAGCAGAGUAUGCUUGCCGCAAAGCUGGAGGCAGCGGAAGAGGACGGGGGCGAGGGGAGCGAUGACGAGGAUGACAGGAAGAGUGGGAUGGACAAGCUAUCCAAGAAAUUCCUUGCUGGGUGCUGGUUGACUGAUGAAGAUGAUACUGAUUUGAGGCUGGCAAGGUUUGAGCGGCUAUUGGAUCGCCGGCCAGAGCUCCUUAGCAGUGUUCUGCUGAGACAGAAUCCACAUAAUGUGGAGGAGUGGCACAGGAGGGUAAAACUUUUCGAGAAGGAGCCUGCAAGGCAAGUAGCGACAUAUGUUGAGGCUGUGAAAACUGUGGACCCAAUGAAGGCAGUCGGGAAACCUCAUACUCUAUGGGUGGCAUUUGCAAAGAUGUAUGAGAAACAUAACCGUUUAGAUAGCGCUGAAGAUAUCUUUAAAAAGGCUACACAAGUGAACUAUAAGGUAGCGGACCACUUGGCUACAGUUUGGUGUGAAUGGGCGGAGAUGGAACUGCGCAACCAAAACUUUGACAAGGCGAUUGAGCUGAUGAGGUUAGCAACAGCAGAGCCCUCUGUCGAGGUGAAGAGGCGAGCUGCUGCUGAGGGAGAUGAGCCGGUCCAGCUGAGAUUACAUAAAUCUCUCAAACUAUGGAGUUUCUAUGUUGAUCUGGAGGAGAGCCUUGGAUCGCUGGAAACAACCCGUGCUGUUUACGAGAGAAUAUUAGAUUUAAGAAUUGCCACUCCUCAAAUAAUUCUUAAUUAUGCGUUUCUUCUUGAGGAGAACAAGUAUUUCGAAGAUGCAUUCAAAGUGUUUGAAAGAGGUGUAAAAAUAUUCAAGUAUCCUCAUGUUAAGGACAUUUGGGUUACCUACCUCACAAAGUUUGUAAAGAGGUACCAGCGAAGCAAGCUAGAGCGGGCAAGAGAGCUGUUUACUGAAGCUGUCCAAAAGGCUCCACCGGAUGAAAAGAAGGCCUUAUAUUUGCAAUAUGCUAAACUGGAGGAAGACUAUGGCCUCGCAAAACGUGCAAUGAAUGUAUAUGAUGAAGCUGUAAGAGCUGUUCCUAACGGUCAAAAGAUGAGUAUGUAUGAAAUAUACAUAGCACGUGCUGCCGAACUUUUCGGUGUUCCAAGGACCAGACAAAUAUAUGAGCAAGCUAUAGAAUCUGGUCUCCCAGAUAGAGAUGUUAUGACAAUGUGCAUGAAGUUUGCGGAACUUGAAAGAAAUCUUGGAGAAAUUGACCGUUCGCGUGCUAUUUAUAUCCAUGCCUCCAACUAUGCCGAUCCAAACUCUCAUCCAGAGUUUUGGAAAAAGUGGAACGACUUCGAGAUCCAACACGGUAAUGAAGAUACGUUCAGGGAGAUGCUUCGCAUCAAGCGUACAGUGGCCGCAAGCCGCAGUCAGACUCAUUUCAUCCUUCCUGAGUACUUGAUGCAAAGGGACCAGAGGCUAACCAUGGAUGAAGCAGUGGACACUCUGACACGUGCUGGUGUUCCUCAGGAUGAGAUGGCGGCCCUAGAAAGGCAACUAGUUUCUGAACCAUCCUCGGCGCCAGCUGCAGCUCCAAGCACCAGUACGACUCCUGCUAACAGAAUGAUGAACUUUGUUAGUGCUGGAGCAGAGGUGCGGGCUGAGAGCAGCACAGAACAGGCUGCUGCCAACAACGAGGACAUCGAGCUGCCUGAUGAAGAGAGUGACGAGGAGGCGGAUGUCCAAAUCGAAGAGAGGAGUGUUCCUGCUGCUGUGUUUGGAGAGCUUGGCAAGAGAGCUGCAGAGAACAGGGAGGAAAGCUCUUCUGCUCAAGAGAACGAGCAGCAGCUGGGCGCUCUUGAGAGAAUUAAGCGAAGGCGUCAAUAGGGUCUCACUAUUAAGAAUGUAAUCCCAGUAACUGGCGCUGAGCUCAAUGAUGUUGUAGUUGUUACGUGUAAUCAUUUUCUUGUUGGCGUUUGCUCUUCUUGUACAAGAAUUUUACAGGAGUCCAGUCUUGAUCAACAGUUUUUUGUGUACAAACUAGAACUCUUGUGGUGUCAUGCCCAUUUUUUUUAUGAAAAUUUGUUGAUUCCAAGGAAUGAACAUUGGAACUAGCAAUAUAUGCUUCCGUUGGGCUUUGCA